AUGGCGAGCGUGCUGUCCAGGCGCCUGGGGAAGCGCUCCCUGCUAGGCACCCGCGUUUCUGCCCCCGGUGCCUUGGCUGAGGGGGUGCUGGUGGCCACCCAGAUCCCCGGCUUGCAGACUGACCUCGGCCGGGCGUCUGCCCACACGCCGCCGCGAGAGGACGGAUCCUGCGUGCCGUCAGCGGAGGAGAGCAGCCAGGCACCCAGGUUCCCUAGUCCCGGCCGCCGGCAGCUCCGUGCCGGGCAGCAAGUCCUUGUCACCUACAACGGGCAGGAGUGCGCCGGCCUCGUGGAGCAGCACAACCCGCUGAGCGACAAGGUGAAGGUGCUGCUGCCGGAGCAGGGCUUGCAGGCCUGCUGGAGGGUGCAGGAUGUGCAGCCGGCUGUGCUCCAGCCCCCCACCCUGCCCGCCACCGCCGGUCCCGGCCCUGCCGAGGCGCUCCAGAGAUCCGUAUCCAGCAAUAUCGAUGUACCCAAGAGGAAAGCUGACGCCGCUGUGGAGAUGGACGAGAUGGUGGCAGCCAUGGUGCUGACGAGCCUCUCCUGCAGCCCCGUGGUGCAGAGCCCCCCCGCCGGUGAGAGCAGCAUCCCCCACUCCGACCCCUUUCUCCUUGACGAACCUGCUCCGCGCAAGAGAAAGAACUCGGUGAAGGUGAUGUACAAGUGCCUGUGGCCGAGCUGCGGCAAGGUCCUGCGCUCCAUCGUCGGCAUCAAGCGGCACGUCAAGACCCAGCACCUCGGGGACAGCGCAGACUCCGACCAGCGGAAGCGGGAGGAGGAUUUCUACUACACCGAAGUGCAGGUGAAGGAAGAGCCGGCGCCGGAGGCGACCACCGCUGCCAGCCCUACGUCCGCGUCCACCCCCAUCAUCAUCCAGCAAGCCCUGGCGAAGCCGGAGGCACUGCUGGUGGAGCAGCCCACACUGGAGCCCGCCCUGGCCAGCAGCGCCCUGAGCCAGUCUGCCCCCAGCUCCUUCUGGCACAUCCAGGCUGAUCAUGCCUACCAGGCGUUGCCCUCGAUCCAAAUUCCAGUGUCCCCCCACAUCUUCACCAGCAUCAGCUGGGCCACUGCCACCUCGACUCUCCCGUCCCUGUCACCGGUGCGGAGCCGGUCGCUCAGCUUCAGCGAGCCCCAGCCACCGACGCCAAUGCUCAAGUCCCACCUGAUCGUCGCCUCGCCGCCCAGGGUGUCCAUCGGCACCAGGAAAGUCCGCGGUGAAGCCAAAAAGUGCCGUAAGGUGUACGGCAUCGAGCACCGGGACCAGUGGUGCACGGCCUGCCGGUGGAAAAAAGCCUGCCAGCGCUUCCUGGACUGAGCGCAGCACCACGGUGCCGCGUCCCUCCCCUGCUCCUGCCCGGGGGAGCACCGGAGUCCCUCACUGCUGCAACCAGGGACCUUGGAGGUACCUCCUGUGACCCCAGAAGACACCUCCAGAGCUGCGUGUAAAUUCCUCCUUCUGUAUAUUGUACAUCUGCUGGGUUUGCUCUUUUUUAAAAAAAACCUUUUUCCAACUUUUUCUUUUUUUUUUUUAAACCUGAAGAAUAUCUCCCUUUGUACGGUAAAAGCUGGAGCUGGGAGGGAAGGAAGCCGGUUCCUCGGGCUUCGGGGAAGGUUGUAGGCGAUCUGGGGACCAAAGAGCUUCCUGCAUUUCCCAGAUCAGCCCUAAAAUUGCCCGAACUGUCGCAGCGUGGCUGGGGUGAGGCGUUGAGGCAGCUUCCCGUGUCCUUUGACGCCCUAGAAAGUGCAAAUCCCUUGUAGCCUUUAAGGGAGGGGAUCGGUAACAGUAAUAGCUUUAAAAAAGAAACGCUGUUGGGUUGCUGCAAGCAAGGCAGGAGCGGUUCUCGGGGCGGGAGUCGGAAGGUUUCUCUCCCCGCGUGGCUGCGGUCUUUGCUCGUGUCCACGUCGCACUGGUAGCUCGAGCCUGCGCGUGCCUCCGGUCGGUUCGUUCGCGUCGUUUUUGGAGGCAUUUUGGGGGGGGAAACCCAAAGCAUUUUGAUCAGGAAAACUAUGAGAAUUUUUAAGGCAAAACCCGGUGUUCCUUCUCAUUUUAGGCUUCAUAAGUCUGCUUAGCUCCGUGAAAACCGAUGUUGUGGCCCUCGCCAUGUCUGUCGAAACUAGGCUGAGCAAUUUUAUUUUUUUAUUUAAUGAUUCCACCAGUAAAGGCAGCUGGGAGGACCGGGAAGGGCUUCCCCUUAGCAUCACCGAACGGCCCCAACUCAGCAAAACACUUCAAUAUUUGCUUUCGAAUCCCAUCGAGCCUGGUGGGAGUCAGGUUUCCGACUUCCAGCCUUUAAAAUACGUAUUUACCCGACCCGAACUGCUGCUGGUUUCCUGUCGCUGUCGCGGCUGUCCCACCUACCCCAGCAUCGCUGGCGGGGCGUUGCGCUUGGCGUCGGGCGGGGAUGCGUGCGGCCGGGGAGCCGGAUUGCCCCGUUGGCUUUCUCCCCUCGCCGGGGCAGGCAGCCAUUUGGAUUUGUAU